CUCCUGCCACGUGUCCUCUUCCUCUUAUCAUAUAAAUACAUAUAGCAACACCCACAACCACCUUCCAAAAUCACAUCAAUUGUCUUUAUUCCCAGCUCUGAACAGUGAAACCCUUUUCUCACUGGCUUAGUUUUCUGCAACCAAUCCCUCUAGUUUGUGCUUUCAAUUUAAUUUCUUGGUGUUAUUUUUUUUCCUUUUGGAACCCACAAAGAAAGAGAAACAGAACAAUGGGAAAAGCCUGGACCAUGCUUACCCAACUUCAUUCACUGGCUGGGCCAGUGGUGACGUUGCUUUACCCCUUAUAUGCAUCAGUGAUAGCCAUAGAGAGCACAUCUAAGCUAGAUGAUGAGCAGUGGCUUGCUUAUUGGAUCAUCUACUCUUUCCUCACUCUAUUGGAGAUGGUACUCCAACCAGCUCUAGAGUGGUUACCAAUUUGGUACGAUGUGAAGCUUGUGUUUGUGGCAUGGUUGGUUCUUCCACAAUUCCAAGGGGCAGCUUUCUUGUAUGAGAAAUAUGUGAGAGAGCAGCUCAAGAGGUAUAGAGAUGGGAGAGAUCAUCCUCAAUCCUCCCACAAGUCCCCUACUGGGAAAGGAAAGAACAAGUUUGUGCAGUUCAUGACCCCCAAGAAUGUGAGUUCCUUCUUUUGA